CUCCCCCCCCCCCGUGCCGUGCAGCUGCUCCCCUCCCUCGGCCCUUUCUCUUUUCCCCCUCCCCGCCCCAUCAAGCGCACCUCCAAUGGCGCAGCACUCCAGGCGGUCAGUUCCCUCGGCGGAUGUGGCGGCCGCCGUGUCGGCAGCCAUCGCCUCCGGUGACGCUGGCCGGGACGUGGCCCCCACGUCGCUCGCCAAUGGCGCCACCCUGGCCGGGCAAUCGUGCUACGGCCACAUCUCUGCCGAGCAGUACAACGCAUGGAUGAAGAUCUGCACGGACAAUAAAAUCAACUCCACCAACUCCUGGGAUGUGGACCUGAUCAACUUCUUCCACGCGGUAACCGUGGACCCGGCGCCCAGUGCGGCGGCCUCAUCGACGGCCGCCGCGCUGGGCUUCACGUCCGGCUCCACAGGGCAGAUCAACUUCCAGGUGGCCAGCUGCACGCUGGACGGCUGCGUCAAGGUGUACUCCACCCGUGUGGACUCUCUGUCGGUGGAAACCAACCGGCUGUUGACCGGUCUGGCGGCCUCCUACACCGACCCCGGCAAGGAGACCGCCGGGUCGGAUGCCGCCGGCGAAGAUGGCACCGGUGUCGCGCCCAGGAAGCGGACCACGCGCACUCUGGAGGAGAACGAGGCCAACCUCAGCGCCAAAGGCGGGGACAUCCACUCUGCGCCGGACCCCCUCUUUCAGAAGACCACGGCCGAGUUCGAUGAGGGCGGCGUGUCGGGCCUGCUCCUGAAUACCCUGUCGCUGGAUUUCUCGGGUCGCGUGGUUUUCGACACGUCGGCCGCGGCUCCGCUGCGCGACCAGGUCCGCGAGGCGGGGCAAAUCGCCCGCGAGCCGCAGCUCGCCUCCACCGACCGCAGUGAGGCCAUCGCCCGGCUGCGCGAAUCCUUCCUCCCGCUCCUGGUCACGGUCGACCGGCGGGACAUCUGCCCGACUUUCAAGAACUGGUCCUUCGCCGAGCUGGUGCAGCAGGCCGAGAAGGGCGAGCUCCCCAGCCUGCCCAUCCCCUCGACCAUUGGCCUGAAUGCCGGGCCUGGCGGGCUGGCCGGCGCGCUAGAUGGCUCGCUGGACACGGAGAAGAAUGUGGCGGCCACCAUUUCCGCGGCCCUGGGGUCGGAUGCCGGGCCGAUGGGCGCCAGUCAGCGCACCCCGACCCCCGGGCCGGACCACGAGGGCCUGGACUUCCAGUCGCUGUUGGAUAUGGCCACGGCCGACGAUGCGGCCGUGGCCCAGGCCGCGGCCGGGCUCGGGCCCGCGGGCGACGCGCGCCUCUCGGACACCGGGGCCCCAUGGACCGCGCCGGACCAUGAUCCGUACUACAAUUUCGACUUCGACACCGGGGCGCCGGACAUGCCGCUGGACCCGGCCACCGCCUCGGGGCUCGGGAAUGGGCCCGACGACCAGGGGGCCGACCUGCCGGGCGCCUCGCUGGCCGGGUCCAUCCUGGGCGCGGACUUGGACUCGCUGGCGGCCUUCGCCGAUCUGGAGCCGCGCGCUGCCUCCCUGUCCAGUGCUCUGCUCAUGGGCGGGUCGAAUCAGGCCGGCGCGUCGCUGACCGCCGAGGAGGCCCUGGCCGCGGCGACCAAGCGCCGGAAGUCCACUCGCAAGGGGCAGGGCCCCUUCCUGAUGGACCUGCUCGGGUGUGUGGCCGAGCUGGAGGAGGCCGCCCAGCCGGGGGGCUCGGCCGGCCGCGGCACCGACGGAACGGAUGCCGAGGAGGACACCGGUGGCGCCGGGCCCGGCGCCGGCGGCACCGGCCCCACUCCGGCCCCCGGGUCCGAGGUGGUUCUCGGCUGCCGGCUUUUCAUCCGGGCCAAGCCCUCGCAAAUUGACCUGCCCUCGGUGGAGCGCUUUUCCGUCCUGACCAUGGCCGAGCUGGAGGAGGCGGCUGCUCUGGCCGGGCGUCCGACCGGGCCCGGCAGCCGGCCGAAGCUCCGGCAGCUGGCCGCCGCGCAGAAGGCCCGCUUUGCGGCGGCCAUCCGGUCGGAUGCCAUCCAGCGCCGGGCGCGUGACUAUCUGCUCGACGAGUCGCGGGAGAAUGACGCGCUCGAGAUGCGGCGGCUGUUUACGCGGGAGCCGCUGGACAAUCGCCUGUUGCUGGCUCCGGCCGAUGGCACGGGGCCCGAGGCCGGUGGUGCCGGGGGAAUGGGCGCCACUUCCGGCGGGCUGACCGCCGGGGGGGCGUCCGGGCACCUGGCCGACGAUGACCUGCACCACGACGACAUGGACUUCCCGAUGAUGUUUGGCGCGGGCGGCGACGGGGAGGAGGGCAUCCGCGCCGGGCCCGGGGCCAAUCCCUUCGACGAUACGCUUGGCAAUCAGACCCUCACGGAUUUGAGCAUGUUCCCGGAUCUCGGCGAGACGGCUCUCUUCCCGGAGGCCGGCGGGUCGGAGUAUGGCGAUGAGCUGGUGGCCAAGCCGCGCACCAUUCACCGCAUCGCCAUCGAGUAUGCCCGGACCGCCAAGCGGGUGGACAUCAAGCGCUUGAAGAAGCACCUUUGGUCGGAACUGGAGGAGACCAUUGCCCAGCCGGACCGGUGGUCCGAUUUGCUGGAGGGCAUUCGCGCUCAGCAGGAGGCCGCCGAGGAGGCGUCCAACGCCGCCGCCGCCGCCGCCGCCGCCGCCGCCGACACCCAGGAGGAUGGGUCCUCCUCGGGGGCGGAGGGGACCCCGGCCCCGCAGCCCGGGCAUGAAGCCUCCCCCGGGGCCCCCAUCCCGGGGGACCUCUACUAUGAGCCCUCGGAGCGGACGUAUCGCGCCCCUCCGGACGAUGCCCUCCCCUUCAGUGCCAUCAUGUCGUCCCUGCGCAAUGUCUACCCUCCGAAGCGCCUUUCAGAAAUUUCCGCCGCCUAUUGCUUCAUCUGCCUGCUGCAUCUGGCCAACGAGCAUGGCCUCGAUGUGCGGGACUCCACCGGCCUGGAUGACUUGUACAUUGUGGCCCCGGAGGGCACCCCGGCGGUGGUGGCUGCCGGGUCCUCCGGUGCGGGCUCCCCCCCGGCCGCUGCGUCCACCCGUCCGGCAGCCAAGGUAACCUUCCAGCUGCCGGAGGAACCCCCUGCGGCAGCCUCGGAGCUGGCCGAGCCGGUGCCCAUGCAGCUCGACUGAAGGCGCAUCCCCGCGCCAGAGGGCUGUUUCCUUUGCCGGAAGGGCGAGGAUGGGUGCCGGGGGGAUGCGUCCAUAUGUGUGUGUGUGUGUG